AUGAAUCCCGAGGCUAUCAGGAACAAGAUUAACCUUGAGAAUGGGAAUCUCGUUAUUGGUGCAUAUCACAUGAAGCCCUCACACUUGCAAUGUGACAAGACGAGACGGGACUCUGACCCCUCUUUUACGUUCUCUUUAGUCGCUAAUCUUACCAUCUUGAUCUGGGACUGGUUGAUCUGUCUGGACCGCGAACGGCGACAUUUCUGGGGAUCGAAGCCGAACACGGGGACUGUCCUAUACUUUCUUCUAUGUGGACCCCUGUUCCGCACCGUUACCUCUCUUUCCGCUCUCAAUAUUGCAGUCGUACAGGUUAUUUUAACGAUGCGUACAUAUGCAUUGUACAGUUGCAACAAAGUACUCUUAUGGGCGCUUCUCGUUCUCGUCAUGGGUGGAUUGCUGAAUCAAGUGGUGUUCAUGUGGCUCGGCCCGUGGACAGCUCCUUAUACUGGGUGUCUCAUUCGCUUGCCCACAUGGUCAUGGGAGCGACUCGUUCCGGUUAUGGUCUUUGAAAUCUUGUCUAUAGUCUUGUUCGCGAUCAAGUUCUGUUUCUACGUCAAGAUGGGUUCAAUGGGUGUAGUGCAAAGGACAUUGUUCCGCGAUGGUUUUAUUGGGUUUCUUGCCACUUCCAGUACGAAUCUAUAUUCUCAUGGGGAAUACAAGCUUACAUGCCGCUACUUAGUAUGUACAUCUAUUGGGCUACUUGUCCAGAUUUUACGGCCACGACCAUUGCUUACUUUCGGCAUUGCUCUCACCCCAUUGAUUCCCACCCUCGUUGCAGCCCACAUGCUCCUCAAUAUUAAAAGUUUCUUCUCCGGUAGCCAAGCCGCCUGCCCCAACAGCAGUGCGACGUACACAACCUCGAAGUUCCCAGCCACCCAGCGGAAGGGUGCAGACAGUGGAGGGAAGGACCACUAUGAUGACGAGGACGACGAGGACGAUGAUGACGGGGACGGGGACGGGGACGACGGUGACAAUCGUCGCGACCGGAGGGGAUAUCACGGGUUUGGGAAUGCGGACUCGCUCGGGGAGAACUGGUACGAGAUGAAGGCUCGGCCAUCCGAAACCCGGUACGAUCCUAGAGGGACAGCGUCCCUCUCCCUCUCUGGACGAAAUCCUGCUCCAAGUGAAGGAGCACACCCAGCAUCGCCCGUUCCUGUAGCACUAUCAGCAUCCACUAGUGUUAUCCUCGGCAACGAAGAAGCUGCGGCGGGUAGUAGUGUUGGAGGGCCAUACCUUCCCCAAGAACGGACGUAUCCUUUGCGGGCUGGUGGAAGACGGUUAGAAACGACCCUUUCCCAGCGUUCGGAGGAAGGCGAUGUGAUUGAUAUUCAGUAG